AUUUAAUUUAGCGCAAAAGCUUUCGGAUGACAAUGGCGAAAUCGUUGCACCUGCAUCUCAUACUCCGCUGCUCUAAGUCCUCAUACGCCUCUGCGGCGGCGCCGCUGCGCCUCCUCCGCCUUCACUCAAAACCGACGAUGAAACUCUCUCUCCCGAGAUUCUUAUCAACCACCGUCACUCCCUGCCCACUCCAAUACGAAAUGAUAAUCUCCCGCCCCGCCAACACCCCUCACCGACAACCCGGCCGCCGCCGCUCACUAGCCGCCAGCCCUAAAUCCUUGCCCGGAGAUUCAGGAUCCGACCCGGCCACCGGUUUCGACGCAUGGGUCGAUAAAAAGCUGACCACCAAAGAUACUACUGAUGAUAAUAAUAAUAAUAAUAAUAAUAGUCAGAACGGAGAAUUGGUCAUGGAUAAGGCUCAGAGAAAGUACUACAGCAAGAGGAGAAAGAGAAUGUACGGAGAAUCUGAGUCGGACGACGAAAAUGGUGGUCGGAGGAGCGAGAGCGAUUUUAUUGAAUUGAAGCAGGAGGUGGUGGAGAUGCGCACUCUGCAUCAGAAAGAGGAAGAGCUGUACUUCUACGACGCGUUUGCUUACCCGUGGGAGAAAGACAAGCAUUACAAAAUGGUUUAUCAAUUGGAGAAGAAGUAUUUCCCCGAUCAGUGUUUCGACAAGGCGUUUUUGGAGCCCGGGAAACCGAAUUCGAAACAAGGGAAGAAGGGGAUUCGAAGUUCGCGCGUCGAAGCGACUAACGGGGAUGAUAAGGGGUUGGUGCUUUUUGAGGAGAAUGAGAAGGAAGAAGUGAAGGAUGUAAGAGUUGAAGAUGUUACGGAGAAGAAAGUGGAGGACUUCUUCAAGUGUUUGAAGAAAUUCCCCAAUGAAAAAGUUGGAGAUGUUACGGCUGUUGGGCCGUUUCUUUCGACUAGGAGUGUUGGCCUUCCGCCGAAAUGGGAUGGUCCGAGUGGCACUGUGGUCUUGGUCAACAAACCUAAAGGUUGGACCUCGUUUACAGUUUGUGGAAAACUGCGACGACUUGUCAAUGUUAAAAAGGUUGGCCAUGCUGGAACUCUAGAUCCAAUGGCAACUGGUUUAUUGAUUGUAUGUGUAGGUAAAGCUACCAAGCAGGUCGAUAGCUACCAAGGCAUGAUUAAGGGGUACAGUGGAAUCUUCCGUUUAGGAGAAGCCACCUCAACCUGGGAUGCUGAUUCACCAGUUAUCCAAAGGGAACCUUGGGAACAUAUUAAGGAGGAGGAUAUUAAGAAAGCGGCAGCUUCUUUUUGUGGGGAGAUAUGGCAAGUCCCUCCGAUGUUUUCUGCUAUCAAAGUUGGAGGAGAGCGAAUGUAUGAGAAAGCUAGAAAAGGAGAAAGCAUUGAACUUGCUCCUAGACGAAUCUCGAUCUUUAAUUUUGACGUUGAACGAAGUUUAGACGACAGGCAAAAUGUGAUUUUCCGGGUGACUUGUUCUAAGGGAACUUAUAUUCGAUCACUUUGUGCUGAUUUUGGGAAGCUUCUCGGCAGCUGUGCACAUUUGACAGCCUUACGAAGAGAUUCAAUCGGAGAAUAUUCGGCAGACGACGCGUGGGAAUUUCAAGAGUUGGAAGAAGGCAUCACUAAAGGAUAUAUAUAGUUUUCUUGUUAUUAAUAAUGUUCUCACCCAUUCAUUAUUCAAUAAUUUACAACAUUUUAUUUUUAAUCAUACUCACUUUAAGAAAUAACAAUUUAUUUAAAUGUU